GCAACAUUAGGCGCUAGGAGGUGAUCCUGCCCGGAGAUCAGCUGUUGGCAACUGGAGGGGCAGGAAGGAAGGACAGCUCCUAUGGAGACGAAGCUUCCAAUGGACCCCCAACGUGCCCUGCUCAAUGAGGGGGAGGACGAUGAGAUGGAGAUAUUUGGCUACAAGACCCACGGCUUCCGGAGGGCCCUGUGCCUGGCUGGCUACGUCCUGUCCUGCGGAGGCCUCCUGCUUCUCUUCCACUGGAAACCCGAGUGGGAUGUCUGGGCCAACUGCCAGCCCUGCAGCUUGGAAGAGGCCGACGUGGUGCUGCUCAGAACCACAGAUGAGAGCAAGAGAUACACUCGGAAGCGGGUGAUCUGCCUCGAUUUCCGGGAUCUGUUGGGCUGUGAAGAAUCGGAUCAGGGCUUCAGCAAAGAAAAGCAUUCAGUCCUAUGGAAAGCCAUCAAGAUGCCUGACAUGAAAGGGAGAUAUGUCCAGGUACAAAAAAUACGCUAUCUCUGGGAUUUUUCUGAGAAACAGUUUGCCCGGGCUGGGUCACUUGAGGACGGCAACACCUGCUACCAAGUUCACCACCAAUUUGGAGGUGGGCUGGAAAGGAGGGAAAAGGCACUCAGGAGCUCCGUCUGCGGCCCCAACGCCAUCGAGAUUGAAAUCCGCCCCAUCUGGAAGCUGCUCUUCAAAGAGAUCCUGAACCCCUUCUACGUCUUCCAAGCCUUCACCCUGAUCCUCUGGUACACCCAGGGCUACAUGGUGUAUUCCUCGGCCAUCAUCGUCCUCUCUGUCAUCUCCAUUGGACUCACCAUCUACGACCUCCGGCAGCAAUCCAUCAAGCUGCACAAUCUGGUGAAGGAGCACAACCAGGUGCAAGUCACAGUCUGGACGAAAGACGAAGGCAGCUCCACCAUGGAGUCCCAUCACCUAGUCCCGGGGGACCUCCUUCUCCUGGAAGGCCAGCGGUUCUCCCUGCCCUGCGAUGCCAUCCUGCUGGAGGGAAGCUGCGUGGUCAACGAGGGGAUGCUCACGGGUGAGAGCGUUCCGGUCUCAAAGACCCCCCUGCCUCACUUCAACAACACCCUGCCCUGGAAGGUGUAUGGGAUGGGCGAUUAUCGGCGACAUGUCCUCUUCUGUGGCACGGAGGUGAUCCAGACCAGGCGGGCGGGACCAGGACCAGUCCGGGCGGUUGUGCUGCAAACAGGCUUCAACACCACCAAGGGGGAACUGGUGAGGUCCAUCCUGUACCCAAAGCCAGUGAACUUCCGGCUCUACCAAGAAGCCUUCCGGUUCAUCGUGGGCCUGGCUGUGAUUGGGAUCCUGGGGAUGAUCUACACCAUCUGCGUGUAUGUGAUCCAGGAGCAAUCUGCCUCGGACACCGUGGGCAUGGCCCUCCUGCUGCUGACUGUCCCCAUCCCUCCAGUCCUCCCGGCAGCCUUGACCACCAGCAUUGUCUAUGCCCAGCGGAGGCUGACCAGGAGGAAGAUUUUCUGCAUCAGUCCCCAGAGGAUCAACAUCUGCGGCCAGGUCAACCUGGUCUGCUUUGAUAAGACAGGCACUCUGACGGAGGAUGGGCUGGACCUCUGGGGAGCCCUUCCUUGCCAGAACCAGAGCUUCCAGAGCACCCACAGCUUCUUGGGGUCCCCCUUGCCCUGGGGGCCGCUCUGCAGAGCCAUGGCCAGCUGCCAUUCCCUCUUGCUGCUGGAGGGGAAGAUCCAGGGAGACCCACUGGACCUGAAGAUGUUCGAAGGCACAAACUGGGAAAUGGAAGAGCACCGGCCGGACAAGAGCAGAGCCAGCCUCCCCGAGUCCUGCCUCCUUGUGAAGCCCGGAUCUGCUGCUCCCCCAGCCCCCGUGGAAGGGAUCCUCAUCCUGCAUCAGUUCCCCUUUUCGUCCUCCUUGCUGAGAAUGUCGGUCAUCACGCAGGAGCUGGGGAAGAGCGACUUCGAACUCUACAUGAAGGGAGCCCCGGAGACGGUGGCCGGCUUUUGUGAAGAGAGGACGGUUCCAACCAUCUUCCAAGCGGAGCUGAAACACUUCACAACUCAGGGCUUCCGAGUCAUCGGCUUGGCCCACAAGAAGCUUGAUCUUCCCCAAGGGGUGGUCUUCAGUGACCUGAAGAGGGAGGAGGUGGAGUCUGGCCUGACCUUCCUGGGCCUGCUGGUCAUGGAGAACCGCCUGAAAAGUGAGACCAAGCCUGUCCUGCAGGAGCUCAGGCAGGCCCGCAUCCGGAGCGUGAUGGUCACAGGCGACAACCUCCCGACAGCCAUCACUGUGGCCAGGAGCUCUGGGAUGCUGCCCAGCCCCAGCCAGGUGGUCCUGGUGGAUGCCCAGGAGCCGGGGGAUUCCUGCCCAGCAUCCGUGACUUGGCAGCUGGUGGAGGAGGAGGAGGCGCCCUCACUCAUGGGCAAAGACAAGGACCCCCCUAUUACCCUAGAGGACCCCAGUGCAGAAGAGGAGGGCGAGCGCUUCCACUUUGUCUUGAGUGGGGCGUCUUACCAGGUCCUGGUCAAGCACUUCAGCAGCCUGCUGCCCAAGGUACUUCUGAAUGGAACGAUCUUCGCCCGGAUGUCUCCAGCGCAGAAGUCCAGCCUCGUGGAAGAGUUUCAGAAACUCGAUUACUACGUUGCCAUGUGUGGAGAUGGAGCCAAUGACUGUGGGGCCCUGAAAAUGGCCCACGCCGGGAUCUCUCUUUCUGAGCAGGAGGCAUCGGUGGCUUCCCCCUUCACGUCCCAAAUCCCCAACAUCGAGUGUGUGCCAGCCGUGAUAAGGGAGGGACGGGCUUCUCUGGUGGCCUCCUUUGCAGUCUUCAAAUAUCUGACCCUCUACACCUUGACCCAGUUCAUCGCUAUUGUCCUACUUUACUGGCAACUGCAGAUUCUGGGGAAUUACCAGUUCCUGAUUCAAGAUCUUUCCAUCACCCUUGUGGUUUGCCUCACAAUGAACCUGACCCACGCCUACCCCAAACUGGCCCCCUACCGGCCCCCCGGACGGCUGCUCUCUCCACCGCUGCUACUGUCCGUCCUCUUCAAUGUGGCCCUGAGCUUCCUGCUCCAGCUCUUCGGCUUCCUGUAUGUGAAGCAGCAGUCUUGGUACUGGCAGCUGCGUGGCCACUGUGGGUGUCCUUUGGGAAACCAGACCACCUGCCCGGGCAAUGGGACGGCCAACGCCACAGCGCAGGAGCACAGCAUUUUGAGCUACGAGACCGCCACCCUCUUUCCCCUCGUGUCCGUCAGCUGCAUCAUCUUCGCCUUCGUCUUCUCCAAGGGGAGGCCCUUCCGGAAGCCCAUCUACACCAACUAUAUUUUUUCGGGCAUGCUGUGCCUCCAACUGACCGUUGUCCUGUUCCUCUUGUUUGCUGACCUUCAGGGGGUCUACCAGAGGAUGGAGAUUCUCUGCACCCCAACCAUCUGGAGGGUCUACGUUCUGAUUAUGCUGCUGGUCACCUUUCUGCUCUCCUUCCUGGUGGAGGACGGCAUCUUGCAGAACCGGCGCCUCUGGCUGCUGAUCAAGGCGCUCUGCCGGUUCCGCUCGUCCAGCCGCUACCGGGUGCUGCAGCGGCAGCUGGAAGGGGACGCCAUGUGGCCCCCACUGCACGGGCGAGACUUGGCGGAUGACAGCAGCAGCAGCCAGGCCCACCUCAACCCGGCCUAUGAGCCGGAGCAGCCCGCGGGCCACCUGGAAAGCUGCCCUGAGACAGCGCUGGAGGGGAGUGGCUGUCAAGCUUCUCCCGCCAAGUCCCGCAAGGACGAUCAGGACCCGCAGGAGACGCGGUGCUGGCACCGUUGCUCGGAAGGGACUUUGCCCCGCGUGGCUGCGCCCUAGUCCAGGAGGCGACUGGCUGCAGGAGCCCCUCCAGGAGAACUGAGGGGGCGAAGACAUGGGGGGGGGGUUUUCUGCGAAGGACCCCGGCGUGAAUAACAUUAAAUCUGCAGCAUUCAGUCUGGGUCGGUCCCCAGGAUCAGAGCUCGGAGGAGCUCAGAUUGGACUCUGCAAUGUUAUCCCAAAACCUUCAGCUCCUCAUCAACACAGAAACGUCUGAAAAAUACGGCUUGAAGCUUAACACCUCAAAAACCAAGAUGAUGGUCGUCAGCAAACAACCCAUUAAUUUACCACCAAUAAAUUCAGAAGGA